GACCGCCGGUGCUGCGUUUCGAGGUGUUGCUCCAGCAACGAUAUAGUCUUCGAGGGAGAGCUUCUCGAUCUUCAUCACCAUCCGAAGCAUCCACCACCACCAGCGCCGGCGGGAUCGAUGCCUUUCAAGAACAUGUCCAGCAUGCUCCUCGAGCUCUGGUAUGGCGGUGGAGGAUCCAGCUCCGAGUUCCCGAGAAGUCCUGUCCCUGGCUUUUUCCGUGACGAGUUUCCACUCCAGAGCUCCGGUGGCUCUAGCACUGCGAGUAGUAGCGAGUUUCCAAUCCAGAGCUCUGGUUCUAGCACUGCGACUAGUAGCAAGAGCAUUGCCUCGCCCGUGACAAGCUCGUCCUCUUCUUCCAGCGACCUGGAGAGCCCCGGCAGCAGCACGGACAACUCGCUCGGUAGCUUCUCCAGCAGUGACUCCUCCUCUCACCACCAUCAAAUCUUGCACGUCCCCCGCCACGACCACGAGUUUCAGACGAGCUUUGAUUCCUGCGACGAAGUCAAGCUCUUCGGUUACGCCUCGGACGACGACGAGUACGGCGGUGGCUUCGACUUCGCUGCCGCCGCCAGCCGCGAGUUCUUCGCCAAAAACUUCUACUACCACUCGGACAGGUUCCGCGUCGAGUCGUGCGACUCUCCCUCGCUGCUCGGCGUCAAGCAGCUCGCUCGCUCGGCAGUGCCAGUGCCACCGCUCCCCAGCGCUCUCAAGUCGGGGAAGAACUCCAAGAAGUGCUUGAAGAAGGUGAGGUUCGCCUGUGUCGAGGAAGAAGUCGAGCCGGAGAAGGCCGAGGAUGGUCCGGAAGUUGACGAGGAAGAGGACGAUGAACUCGUGGUUGCUUCGCCAUCGCCGACGAGUCCUGCUCUGUCCCGUUUCUCGUCGAGGCCAGCGUCGCGGUUCUGUAGCAUCGAGGAGGACGACGAUGGCGGCUUCUACCGGGACUCAGACGAGCUCUCCUCCGAGCCGUGCAGUCCUUCGCCUCGUUGUGCCAGAAGAGAUCCAUCUCAACUCUUGCUGCGGAUCAUCCAAGCCGAUGCCGAGUCCAGCCGGAAGAACAAAGGCGCUCUUAAGUCUAUGUUUGGUUCACGUUCGCGCUGGUAACCGAGAGUUCGUUUGAAAAGCGAGAGAGCUUGAGCGUCUCCAAUUUUGUUUGAUACCAAGAGGUCCGAGAGA